AAGCUCGCUCUUCAUAUAGACACAUGCUCUUUCUCUGUGAUAUCUAAAAACCCCAUCUCCGAGACAUGGUGAAAUCAGUAAUUGGAGAAGAAACCCAACUAAAAUCAGCAGAGGAUCGACUCUUCCAAUCUCAAGUACCAACACAGGUGGGUCUUGUUAUAGGCAAGCUGAGUUCCAGUCUAGACCGGGGAUUUGUCUUUGAUUUGGUACCGACGCCCCCCAACGAUGCUGGAGAACCAGCUUGUUCAAUAUCGGACGGUGGAAGAGAUGACAGGAAGAAGGGUUCUAAAGGGAAGUCUCAGAUGGAAGCUUCAAUGCUGUUGGUCGAUCGGGAUUGGUUGGCGGAACACGCUCGUCAGGUAUAUAAGAUGCUCUUGGGUGGCGUGAAUGUGGUUGGGGUCUAUAUAUGGGCUUCUGAGAGUUCAUUCAAGAAUUCAAGCACAAUACUCUGGCAGACAGUCAAGGGAGUUGCGGAAGCAGCACCUUUUUACGAGAGUGAUUUGGAUGAAAGGCUACUAAUUCACAUUUCGUAUAGCCCGAGAAGGUGGACUUGCCGAAGUUGCAUGUUGGGUUCCAGUAUGACAUCGACCAGUUUAAGGGCUUGUGAUUUCAAAAUGGGAAAACCAUUAGCUACCCUUCAAACUUUUAGAUGCAUGUACAGCUUUGAGAUGAGAUUACCCAUAUUUACUAAGGAUGCACCGAAUGCUAGUACCUUGAGAGACAUUCUUCGCAAUGGAAUUUCAUAUCAUGUGAAAGAGCUGAAAGGUGCAAAGGCCUUGGUCGAUGGAAAUUUGGUGGUUAAAGAUCAGCAAAGCACUUCAGACGGUCUUCAUGAAGUUGAGCUUCUUUUGCCAUUCAUGAAAGAUGGGCCUGCUGAAGCAUUCAGCAUGGAGGAGGUCGCUGGCCUAGUUAUCUUCAGUGGGGCUGUAUGUUCUUCUUCAUACUUGUGUCCAAAAGAAUCAAUUUUGCAAGCCAUAUCUGAUAUAAAGGGAGACAUUAUCACCAGUUUACGGAGUAGGUUAGAUAUCAUGUGUGACGAGGCAGAGGAAGAUGUGGGCUCAACCGUUGAUGGCAGUGGGGAGGCAAACAGUGAAAUAUUAACUGAAAAAUCGACCCACCAACUCAUCUUAGAUGAACUGAGAAAAACGUGCAGUCUCUCCUUUCCAAGAAGAGUUCUUGUUCCUUGGUUGGGCAGGAUCUUUAUUUGUGACUAUCUACAGCCGUUGGAGACAUUUGAGGAUCUCAAAGAUCGUUGCAAGGAGAUGAUGUCCAUGGAGCUCCCGACAGAUACAUCAACAAUCUUAGAACUGGAAGAGGAAGCCACUCGAUUGACUGCUAAAUCAUUCUGGGAUGUGGUCCCUGGCAAGCCAGCAUCUGACUCUGAUCCCCACAUUGCAAGAAAGAAUGGACAAGAUUUGUCAAGAAAAGAAGGCAGUAGUAGAUCUAAAAAUAAAAAUUCGAACAUGAUUGUUACUAUAGCUAUUGUCAUCCUUGCAAUCUUACUUGGGCUGGGGGUGUUUGUCAAGCCUGUAAGCAUGGCUAAAUGAUUGCAGCUUCCGCGCCCUAUUUUCCGACAGGGUUUGCUUGUGAUUGGAUUUUUGUUAUAUUUAUUCAGGAUAAGAAAUGUUUAUAGAGUGAAAAUGAUGCCGCGUUUUUCCUUUAA